AUUAGAUAGAAACAAUAGAUCUUCCAUCUGAAUCGUGGAUAUGUGUGUUUGAGUGACAUUUACUUCGCCAGUGCAGUGGGAGUGUUUAGAUGCGACAAAAUGCGCGGCACAAGUCGAAAUACCUUCAACUUGAACUUCCCUCUGCGGCGAUUAUUGCUUCAAAGUGCAAGAGCGGCUCGAGGUAGCCCACCGCUCGGUCAGAGGCUGUGCGACGCAGAAAAAGGGGGCAGUAAUAGUGGAGGAAAUGGUGGACAUGGGAGCGGUUCCAACGGGGGCGGAAAGCAUGAUAAGACUGGAUCUUCAGGCCAUAGCAGUAAUAAGCACAAUUCCGACGCAUCUUCGCAACAUUCAGCAAACUCGCCGGGUAAUCUAGAUCGUGGAACAGCGAACUCGAAACUCACUCCUAGCAGCCACAAAUCUUCGCAUAGUCUGCACAGCAAAGGCGGAAGCUCUAGUGCGGCCGGGGGUACCGGAACAAAUGCAUCGUCCACAGCCGGAAAAGUACCCGACGAGUGUCCGCUGUGCUAUGACGUGUUACCCUCAAGCGACGAGUACUAUCCGCUACUGAAUUGCAAACACUAUGCAUGUCGAGCUUGCCUGGAAAAUUAUCUGAUGAUCCAGAUCUCAGAAUCGCGCACGGAUAUCAGCUGUCCACAAUGUUCGGAUUCGAUGCACCCGACUGACAUUCAAGCGCUUCUUAAGGCGUUCCCAACGGCCAUCACAAAGUAUGAGGAUUUUAUGGUUCGACGGGUAUUAUUGUCCGAUCCAGAUUCGCGUUGGUGUCCAGGACCUGAUUGCACAUAUGCAGUCAUCGCUACCGGAUGUGCCUCCUGUCCAAGAAUAUGUUGUCAGCGGCCAGGAUGUGACGUACAGUUUUGCUAUCAUUGCAAGGCGGAGUGGCAUCCCGAUCAAACCUGCGAUGCGGCCCGUGCUUCCCGGCAAAGUCCAACGCGCGCCCUGUCCGGUAGUAUUAGAAAAAAUUCACAACAUAAAGACGAAAUUAAACCCUGUCCGCGUUGUCAGGUGCUUAUAGUGAAGAUGGAUGAUGGUUCAUGCAAUCACAUGGUGUGCGCUAUCUGUGGUUCAGAGUUUUGCUGGCUGUGCAUGAAGGAAAUCAGCGAUCUUCACUAUCUUAGCCCUUCAGGAUGUACGUUCUGGGGGAAAAAACCAUGGUCACGAAAAAAGAAAUUACUUUGGCAGCUCGGAACUCUGGUGGGCGCUCCACUAGGAAUUGCUCUAGUGGCAGGUAUUGCCGUACCAGCGAUGAUUAUUGGGAUUCCUGUAUGGGUUGGACGAAAGAUACAUACUCGCUACAAAUCAGCUGGCAAGCACAAGCGCAAUUUUGCCGUUCUGGGAGGAGUAACGGCAUCGGUAAUUGUUUCGCCUGUCCUUGCCGGAUUAGCAGUUGCCAUUGGUGUGCCAAUAUUGUUGUUUUAUGUGUAUGGCGUCGUACCUGUCUCACUUUGUCGGGCAGGGUGUGGCGAGGGAACAAAAUUCGAAUUUGAUGAAGAAGAGGACAACGGUUCCCGAAACCAUGACGCUGCCAGUGUUGAUGCUGUUUCACGCAUCGGAGCCACUAGCAUUGGAGAGGUUAGCCUAAGUGUGGCCAGCGGAAGCCAUCUUGGCGUUUCAAGCCAACAUUCGGCGUAUGGUGCAACGAACCCGUCCACCACGGCUCUUGCCGGCAGCAUUACAGGACACCGGUUGGAAGUUCAGGCUGAUGUAAGCACUUCGGAGACGGCCUCUGCGGUAACAUGUGUUAGUGAAAAAUCAGGUAACACGCUGAAUGAUACAGCCUCCACCAAGGCAUUGGCCGGAUCAAUCCUGAGUUAUAAACAGCAGGCAGAGUCCAGUGCGUUCAGCGAAGAUGGCGCAUCCGAAAGGGUACGCUUCGACAACACCGUGUCAUUCGUUAUUGACAGUAAGAAAGAUUCCUGUGAUUUCUUGUAUAGUAUCCCGCCGGAUCAGGACACAGCUGCUGAUAAAGCAAGUUUGGGCAGCGGACGGUCCUUCCGCAGCUCUGAGCGGUCAUUCCGGGAUGACUUUGAUUCUACCAGUGUGUCUUCAGCGCACAAGCGCAUCAAUUUCGGCAAGCUGAUUCCCAAGCUCAGCUCCAGUCAGCAUCGCAAUCUAUCGGUAGAUAGUACAACCGGUUCGUACAACAUCCCGGAGAAUGUGAGCUUGGAGCAGGAACUGGAGCAAGAGGAGACACCAACGGGUCAGCAUGUCGUCACGUCAAGCUCCUCGUCAGCUGGUGCAGGACCUUUGCGCAAAACAGCACAAUCCCAGACAACACUUUUAACCGGAGCAACAUCUUUUGUACAGCAGAAAGCACAGCCUUGUUCUCUGGAUCCAUCUCCCGAGUUUACGGUACGACAUGCCAGCCUUGCAGCAAAAUCUUCCGCAGUACCCAUUGCGUCAAGCAGCAGCAGUUGUUCAUCAAACGAGGCAAUUAAUAGGGCAAUUUUGGUAGAAAAACCAACUCUUGCGACAUUCAAUGCAGGGGUCUGCGCUACCGGUUAUACAGAGGCUGUCCAGAAUCAAAGGAACGAAUUGAAACCAAUGCAAUCGUUAGAAUCGUCCCCACUAUCCACAAGCUCUAUAAGUGACCAUUCUUCCCAGGAGCAACCACCAAUUGGGCCUCCAAAAUCGCGCACCCACAUUCUGCGCAAUUUGUUCUUCUCGCUUCCAAACACAUCGGAAUCGACAGCACCGACUGAGGCUACGGUUGAAUGUGGGCAUGUUGAUAAUACGGGUGCACGUACAAAGACAGCAUCCGCCCCAUUGACUUCUCCGCUGUCACCAUCGUCCUCUUCCACUUCUUCCGCUUCCUCGACGACGCCCACAGGACCUUCCUCGAACACACUACCAUGAACCGAGUAUCAUCCCGUACAAGAUGGCACAAUUUGAAUGAUUGUUGGAAAGACAAUCGUAUUGUUAGAGACGGCAAGCGACAGGAAUGGGGAAUUCAUUUUGCAUUUUAAUUGCCAGGGGCCAUUUUGUAGUAUGCAUUUUGGCUUUAAGGUUAGCCUUCGCUUCGUUUUCUUUAAACAAGUAGCGACUUUGUUAGAACCUUGUUCUUAUUACUAUUACCUACUACUGCCCCGUCGUGCGUAAAAUGACAGUGAAAACGCAUAAAAAAAGAUAACAGAAGACUGCAAAAUGCCAGGACUAAUACACCACAUUCGUUUGUUGUGUUUGUUUAACAUGGCCAAAAAGGCUACACUUUCUUGACACGGAUUCCUACGGGAUGAGCCCACGACGAUUAAUCACGAUCCUUGGACGAGGCUUCAUUAGUAAAAAUAAUAAAUGGAACAUUAAAUAAGCAUCAGACAACGAGAGCGCGGUUCUAUUAUUAUGCCAAAUUCGGAAAGGCGCAUUUUGUGUUUGUUUUUAUUUUUUCUCUACUACAACAACAGAGGAGAGAGAAUGAGAGACAAUAGGAAAGCGAUGGGGGAUCCGGGAGAUUGAAAGUUUUGUUAGGUAAGACACUGUUAGGUAGCAAGAAGGUAAGCAGAAAAAACUAGUGUCAUGCGAAGAUAGUAAAUGAGGGAUACGAAGUUAAUGCUAUUUAAGCUAGGAGUUGAUUUAGGGAUAGAGAAGCAACACAAAUCCCUAUUCUUUUUAUCUAAUGGGGUCAAUAGUACUAAUUUUCUAUUUAAAUCAUGUUCGAAGUUCAUGAGAUAAUUUGUUUGAAACGUCUUUAUGGAGAAAUACGAAACCGAAAGUAUGCGCAUACGCAUAAAAUAUAGAAUUAAAUAAUCCCAUAA